UGAAACACAACAUUGCUCAUCUUCCCGUUUCCCCCGUGAUUGAAAUCCCCAUGGCUUUCUUUGUGCAAGAACCCACCAACAAUUAUUUGUAUCCUUUUUCAUUUAAUAUCGAAAAUAUCUGAACCUGAAGACUACCAAAACCAAAAUCAAAAUUUUCCAUUUUCUCCUUUCAUAAGUACUUACAACUGCAAGCUUUUUCGUGUACACCUUUUACACUGUCCUCUUUCGGUUGGACUUUAAUCCAGAAGAUGUUGAAGAAUUUGGACGCUCAUUUUGACGCGCGAACGCGCGGGGUUGGUGUGAAUCUCAUUUUCGAGCGUUCUCCUUUAUCCCCAGCGAGCAGAAAGAGGAUGCAGGAUAUAGCUGAGGAGACGGGUAAGUCGUCUUUCGGUUCCGCUUCUAUGAUGCGUAGCACAUCUGCUGACAUGCGUGCGAGGACGAUCUUUUCCAGCCAAGCGAUGGGCCAGUAUCAUGGGCGACACCAGAAAGUAGGCACCGACGCGAUUGUCAUGCCCCAUGAGGCAGAGGACGGGCUGAUCGCGCGCGUGAAGGAUGGAAUGGCGCAAAGUGAGAUGCAAUUUCAGUGGCAGCGUCGCACCUUUUCCGGCGGUUUCGUACAACAGCCUAAGCGAAAUUCUGGUGGUGGAUUGGUUGGCCACGCAAAAUUGUUCGCGGAAAAGAUGCGCGAAGAAAUAAAGGCGAAAAUGGAGCCCGAGAAUGAAAAUACGGACAAGCAGUCCAUUGUUGAAGAAGCUGAGGCUGGCAUGGACAGUAUAAUUCAUAUGAAUUUCACCGACCUCCAGAAGUGCCAGUUGCGUGCCGGUCCUGUGCCUCGGUAUGAAAAAAGCGCGGAAGACGCGCAUUUGUCCUAUGCUGGCGUCUUGAAAGGCAAAGAUUACAAGCAAUUCCCGUUUCGCAUGGACAAGAUCAACGAGGCUAGAGCCCGUUAUCACGAUCGCACGAUGUUCGCAAGGGAUCCAAGACCGUGCAGCAAGUCGCGCUUUGGAGACAAGUACGGAUCGAAUCCGAUGUUGCGGCGCACUAUGAAAACCGAAGUGGCUCAGCGUCUGUAUGAAGUGGAGGAUCGCUUAAAUCGACGAAAUGAAGAGGACGUCAUUCUUGGGCUUUUCAAGGACGGCGAAGGUCAGCAAGCUUCAUCAAACACUGGACUAACGGUAACAGGUACAGCGGCAGCGCGAAAGGCGAACAGCGUACAAAUAGAAGAUGAACACUCUUCUUCAACAAAAGCAAAUGCUGCAAAAGGAACAACCUCGUUGGUACAACCGCCUUGGGCCUUAUUUGACACUGACAAGGCCGCAGGCCUCGUUCAACAAAAAAGGGCAGCCACGUCAACAUCUGCGCAGGACAAUAUACUGACCUCUAAUAUGUCUGUAGACGAACCAUUAACUACGCUAAGCAACGCUAAAGGAACCACGACUGCCCACCGGCGUCCGCGAUACAGUAGAGUGCCGAUAGAGUGCGGCGCGUGGAACGAAGUGGUCGCCCGUAUGGAGCGCAGUAGGGCCAUGAAAAUGGAGCGCGAACGUCGCGACCCGUGGUGCCGCAAUCAAGUCCUCGAAAAAUCGUUCAACCACAGCAACUACCAGCGCAAGCUGUGGGAUAAGCACGUAGAGGAGGACAACAGGCGCUGCGCGGCCGAAAGAAAAAUGCGAAUGACGUUUUGAUGAAAGUAGGUGGAUAGAUAUGAUCAUGAUGGACAGUCGAUCCGAAACCGAAUGUCCUUUAGGGUACAGGUACUGCAGGCCAAGCCGCAGUCGAGAUUGAGUGCACAUCAUGUGACAUAGGAGGUUCAAAUCGAUUCUGUCAAACAGUUUAUGAUAUCGACCUUCAUGAACAUGAAGUGAAAGUACUUCACAUGGGCAAUAAUGAAAUUCAAAUUUAUUUGUUAGUUUCUUGAAUUCUAAGGCCUAUGAGAUUGUUAGUGUAAUAUGUGAUCGUGCUGUGAAGCAUGAACAUGAGAGACAGUGGUCUUGGCGAAACUUGCGCGCGACCUAUGUAGGCACAGUUGGUUCCGAGAAAUAGGGCAAGGUAAGUCCUCUAGGUAAAUAGGACUGACCGCUGUGGAGCCAACAUACUGCUUACGGAAGCAAUCGAGAAAAUGUGAAAAUGGUUGGACCGCUAUUAUUUAAUGAACCGUUUUUAGAUGUGGUUGUGGGCAUAUGAAAGAAAUGCACUGAAUCCUCUUCGACGACUGAACACAAGAUAUUCGUACUUUUUUUGAAGGCUCCUGCACUAGUCUAUUGAGGGAAUAUUAGAUGAUCGUCAUGUCCAG